AUUAAAUGAAGAAGAAGAUGACGGAAAGAGACACAGGAAUCAACCUGCAACAGAGAGAGCAUGAGUGAACGACAUUGAACUACAAACAUGUCUGCAGGUUGUGUGAGGUGGAUGCUAAGCCGUACAGUGAGAGCUGUGUGUGGCGGCAGCCCUGGCUACUCGACAGCAGCAUGUCGAUUAAGCAUAUGCAGUGAAAGAUCUAACGCCAUUGCUUCCUCCUGGAGAUGGUCUCCAUUCUCCACUGCUGUAGAUGACACAGAACAGACUCCUGCACCCAAGAAAAAAAAGCAGGAUCCCCGAACUCAUGGCACAAUCAACACUGUUGGCCGCAAGAUCCCGGAGCGUCAGAUACAGGUGAUAAGUGACACAGGUGAGAACCUGGGCACCAUGCACCGUGCAGAUGUGAUCAGAAUCAUGGACGAGCAGGGUCUCAAAUUGGUGCUGCUCAGUGAACACAAAGAUCCCCCCGUCUACCGGCUGAUGAGUGGUAAACAGAUCCACGAAGAGCAGCUGAAACUGCGAGAGAAACAUAAAGCAAAAGCAGCCCCUGUCCAGGUGAAAGAGCUCACAUUUUCAUCUGGCAUCGCAGCUCAUGACCUCAGCACCAAGCUGAAGCAAGUGGAGAGCUGGCUGGAGAAGAAGCACCAUGUUAGAAUUACUCUGCGGUCAGGACGUGGGGCACCUGCAGUCGACCUGGACACAAAUCUGGAGCAGAUAGUGCAACAAAUGGAGGUAAUGGUAGGAUUUGUUUCCAAGCCAAAAGCCAUACGUGACGGUCGAGCAGCCAUGUGCAUCCUCCGACCACCUUCAGCAAAGGAACUGUCACAAAAAGAGAAGAAUAAGACUGCAGAUUUGCAGACUGCCAAAUCCAGCUUGAAAGCCGCUGAGAGCACAACUUCCCCUGUUGGCAACAUGGACACGACAGAGGGCUCUAUAUAGCAGUGAUCUGAUGGAAAUAAAACAAUUUCACCAAAGCAAAUUGAAUACAGAUUGGUGUAAAUAUGUUAAUCAGACUCUACUUGUAGUGUAUUAUGUAGGUGUUUAACAGAGUUUGGUAUAAUAUAAAGAUAAUAAAAGGAUGAGCAAGGGUCA